AUGUUAAUUUCGAUUGUCAUUGGUAACUAUGACUAUGUUAAAGAAAUGAGUUUUAAAUUUUGGCUCAAUCUCGAUGUUGAAGAAUGCUAUCAUGAAUUAUUAGAAAAAGGUUCAAGAUUAUAUUUUAUCUAUGAAAUUUUAAAUGUUAAUACACCUGAUGACAAUAUUGUUGCUUAUUUUCGAAAUAGUUAUAAUAGAAGUAUUAUUGCUUUAUCAAAAACACCUCAACAUGGUCAUCUUGAAUUUACAACAAAUGAAACAACAUUAAUUGAUAUUUGUUUGGCUCAUGAAAAAUCAGAUACUUAUAUGAAAUAUAUAUCUGUAUACUUUCAUAUUUAUCAUGUUGAUAAAGCUUUAGCUCAAAUUCAAGCAAGCGAAAAUUUUGAUAAUUCAUCAAUUAAUGCUCAUAAUUCUCUUGAUUCAAUAAAUUAUCAUAUAAUUAUUUCACGUGAACAUCAAAUUGAACUUGAAAUGAUUAAUCAAAAAGAUUUUUAUUUAAUUGAAAGAAAUUUAUUAUGGAUUAAUCGAUGGGCAUUGAUUCAUAUAUUAAUAAUUUUUAGUUGUUUUUUAUUUCAAACAUAUUUUAUUAAACGUUUAUUUAAAACAUCAAGAAAAUAA